CUUCCCCUUCCCCUUCCCCUUCCCCUUCCCCUCCCAGACUCCAGAACCAAACCACACACAAAACAAACAAACUCAAAGACCUCUGGUCGGGCCUGCAAGCUAGGCCGAGCCAGGGCAUGGAGCAGAAGAGGAGCCCGCUAAGAGGCAGCCCUGACCCAGACGGGAUCUCGGACAGACCCCCAGGCAGCCGAGAGGGGGGCGGAGAGAAGGAGGGAGGAGGAGGAGGAGGAGGAGGAGGAGGGAAGCUGACAGAGGAGGAAGACAGCAGCACCCCUGCGGGCAGCGCUGGCAGCAGCAGCGAUGGUCAGAGCCGGGGCUUGUUAGCCUGCGGGGCCCCCGUGCCCCCCCAGGAGGGAGGACAGCCCCAGCAGUUCUCCAUCAAGGAGUCCAGCUUCUCCGAGGGCAACGUCAAGCUGAAGAUCGGGCUCCAUGCCAAGAGGACUAAAAAGCCGCCCAAAAUCCUGGAGAAUUACGUGUGCCGGCCCGCCUUCAAGGCCUCCGCCCCAGCCAGACACCCCCGGGGAGGCAAGGGGGCCAGGGGGCUCCCAGCCAGACCACCCGGGGAGGACAGGGGCAAGCCGCCCUCCAACCAGAGUCUCUCUCCAGCUCUGCCGGAGACCCCGUCUCCCUGCAACGCGACCAAACGGGGACCCCCGAAACUGGCCAGGAAAUCCGACACCAAGACGGACACCCCCUCUUCGGGGGACCCUGCAAACCAUCUCCCGUCAGAAGGGGAGGGCAAGGGGGUGGCAUCGAAAUGCCCUCCCGCUACGCCUCUCCCCUCGGAACCCCGCGACUGCACCCCCAAACCAGCCUGCCCACACCCGGGACGCCCCUUACAGGAGGGCCCCAGGGACCGGGCCCCGCUCCUGAACGGGGCCCCCACCGUUACUGAGAAGCUGGCCCAGCUGAUCGCCACCUGCCCCCCCGCCAAGUCUUCCAAAGGAAAAACCCGCAAGCCGGGCGCCCAGCCCUUAAAUCCUGGGGGGGCCGCAGUCCCAGCCGCAGCCACAGGGGGUGCCAGAGAGGCCAGCCUGCCCAGGACUGAGCUCUGGAACCCAGCUGGGGAAGGGAGGGGGGAGGCCGGCUCCCCGAGAGUGGUGCCGGGGAGACCCUUGUUCAAGCCCAGCGUGCUGGAGAAAUUCUCUCCCUCCCCCUCCCCUCCCACCUCCUCUCCCUCCAUCUCUUUCUCGAGGAAGGACCCGGCCACGUGCGACUCCCAAUCAGCUCCCCUGGGAAACAAGAAGGGAAACCCAGGGGGGCUGAGCAAGCGGCCAGACCUCUCGGGAAGGGAGAGCGGGCCGGACUGUCGGCUCGGCGCCGGCUGCAAACAGAACCCGGUUUCGAAUUUCACUCUGAUUCCGAACCCAAACUCCAAAUCUUCAUCUUCCCGUUCUGAGCAGCGGGUGUUAGCCCCGGACGAGGGCUCGACGAGGAGGCCCCCUAGUGGAAAGGACAGGCCAGCCUCGCCCCCGGCCUCUGAGACCCCGGCCUCUGUCAGGGCAACUGCCCCCAACCCCCCUUCGCUGGCCCUAGAUGCCCUCCCAGACAGGGAACCGAGGGGCAGGUUUGCUCCUUGCAGCACCCCUCCCUUUAGCUUCUCCCUGAGCGGAGCAGCACAGGAGAAAGAUGACAGCUGCCUCACAGCGCCCCCUGUGGACUCCGUCAGGCACGGCGGCGGGGCAGCUAGUAAAAACAGGAGCCCCAACCGCUGUGUCUCCGCGGGAAAGGGGUCUGUGGAAACCGGGGAACCCAGGUGGGUCUUAAAGCAAGCCCCCCCCCAGCCCCCCGGCUGCAAGACCAAGCCCACCAGAACAGGGGAGCUCCCUGAGAGACCGGCUUCACAAAGCACCAGCGCCGUGCCAGCGACAGCCAGCUCCACGCCGCGGCCACCUCCCUCCAGCCCGGGCCAGGAGAGCAGGCCGCUGAAAAAGAGGAAAGGAAGGCACCCCCGCUGGACCAAGGCGGUAGCGAGGGCCGGGCUGCACCACCAGGAAACUGACCCGGGUCCGAGACCGGAUCAGGAAAGGAGUCCGACGGGAUCCGGCCAACCGCGGUCAGCCAAACCCGACAGGAAGCUGCCGUACCCCCUCCCUCCCCCUGCUCCCCCCCCUGCCAGACUCUCCAAACUGGUGGGCCGUCCCCCAGGCCCCUCAACUGCUGCCCCAGCGACCCCCGUUUACAAGCCGAGACGGGGUCGCCCCAAGUCCAAGAUGCCCCGCCUGGAGGGCCCCUCGAGAGGACCUCUCAAAAUCCCGUCCUCCAAACUGUUCUCCUUAAAAUCCUCCAGCGAGGAGCACAGGGACCCCCCUGUUCUGCAGCCAGAGGUUGACUUGCACCCCCCCCUCCCGCUCCCCAGAAAAAGAGGGCGCCCCAAAAGGCAGCAGGGUCCCCCGACUCUUCCAGAAGAAAGCCAGCCCCCAACUCUUGCCCCUGCCCUGGAAGGGGGAGACGGACCCCCCUUCCGCCAGAGAGGGACCGGGCAGCUCCUGAUGAGAUCCAUCAUCUGCAAAAUCAACAGGAUGAAGACACUGAAGAGAAAGAGACUUCUGAGCCAGAUACUGUACCCUGCCCCUGCCUCGGCCCUGGAGGGAGGAGCUGGGAGAGGGAAGGGCAGGGGUAGAGGCCGAGGGAGAGGCAGGGGGGGCUGCGGAGUCGGGAGACCUCAAUUCCAGGCUCCCCAAUCCAGACUCAGCUCUGCGGUCUCCUCCCUGACUGCCACUUUUGGCUCCCGACUGGGCCAGCAGAUCAACGUCAGCAAGAGAGGGACCAUCUACAUGGGCAAGCGUCGCGGGCGCAAGCCUAGGGCACAGGUCCCAGAGGGGCAGGCGGGAGGCCAGAAACCUGCGUCCCAAUCCCUAUCCCUAUCCCAAUUCCAGCCUCCGUCCUCAACCCCCUCAGAAGCGCUACAGUCCUCGGCUUGCUCCCAGUCCUCCUCCUCCUCUUCCUCCUCCUCCUCCUCUUCCUUCUCUGGAACCAGCGGAGGCCAGAGCCCGGUCAGCAGCGAUACCGGUUUUGUUGAACCCGGUCCGGCUCCCUUCCUGAUGCAUCACCAUCAAACCAGCCAGCAGCAGCAGCAGCAGCAGACGCUGAGGGCCACAGCAGCUGCCCAGAUGCUGGCCUUAAAGAAGUCUUGCAGCAAAGGCCACUAUCAUUACUGCCAUGACGGCCAGCGGUACUACCUCGCCGGGCCCCGCGGGCCGCCCCGCCAGCAGCCCAGCCCCCUCCCCCCCCCCCCCCCGCCGCUGACGAAGAGGCUCACUCGCCCAGGGAGCCGGACCGGGGGGAGAAGGGGUCCCACGUGUCCUCCUCCUCCCCCUCCCCACCCCCGCCCAGACCCUCAACCAAACCCUCCUCAGGGAUCCUCCCUAUCGGACCCCAGAAGCCCUGGGGUCAUUCCUCUGCUCCUGACCGACCGCCCUGGCGACCCGGGAAGGACUGGGCUGCGCCUGACCUUCCCCCUGGCAGGGGGCCCCCGUCGCCCCGGGGGGGGGCGUCGGGGUCGAGUGGGUCACAAAGAGAAGCACAAGCACAAGUGCAGGAGGCGUGGCCACGACCGCGGCAGCUACGACAAGCUGAAGAGACAGAAGAGGAAGCGCAAGAAGAAAUACCUGCAGCUGCGCUCCCAGCAGGACCCCGACUUCCAGGCCGAGCUGGAGCUGAUUAUAUCCCGGCUGGCCGAGGUCAGGAUAGCCCACCGGGGGGUGGGGUUAGGGAGCGGAGGAGGGGGGGGUGGUUUGUCAGCUGCCUCCGCGGCCCCAGCGGCUCCAGCCCCCCCCCACCCUCCCCACUACCUCCACAGAGAUCUGCUCCCCACCAUUUUCCGGAUCAACUUCAGUGGGUUCUACUCCCCGCACCCUGCGUACCCCUGCGACUCCCUCCACUACGUCCGCAAGCCGGACCUCAAAAAAAAACGGGGGCGCCCCCCCAAGAUGCGGGAGGCCGUGGCUGAGGUGCCCUUCGUUCACGGGCUGGGGUUCCCCCUCUCUGGGGGUGGUUUCUACCACCCUUCUUACGGAGUGCCUUACUCCCCCGCCCCGCUGACCGCCGGACCCCUGGGGCUGGGCUACUACAGGGGGUACCCCCCGCCAACCGCCGACCAUGGGGGUGUGGGGGGGAGGGGGGGUCGUGAGGGGGAGGAAGGGAGAUGGGGAGAGGGCGGAGGCCCCCCUUCCUACAUGCACCACCUGCUGCUCAACCCCGCCAAGUACCACAAGAAGAAGCACAAGCAGCUGCGGCCGGACGCCUAUCUGGGGCGCUCCCCUCUGCUCUCCGUGUCCGCCUAUCCCGGCCUGGCCUCCGAACCCUCUUACUGUUGGCUUCACGAGCACCGACACAAGCACCGGCACAAGCACCGCGAGCACCGGAGCGGCGGGACGGAGCCCGGGCAGGACUGCGGCAGGACGGCCGCCAUGCUGGAGUCCCUGCGGCGCUACCGUUACGGGAAGGAGCCCCCUGCCGCCCCUCCCCCUCACCAGACCCCCUCCCCUUCCUCCCCCUCCCCCUCCCCUCCGUCCGCGGGGGCCGCUGAGCGCUACAGACGCAAAGACCAAGCAACCCACCGCUGCCACCCCUCCCCCACCGGGACAAGUAACGUCCCCUACCCCCACCCUAACGCUUGGUCUCGGAGGACGCCCUGCGACGGCAGCCCGCCUCCCCCCGCCGCGUUGGGCUUGGGGCUCGACUGCGCCCCCCUUUCCUUGGACGGAGGGAGUUUUGCCCGCGAUGUUUCGGGGGGUGAGGAGGAGAGCGGCGGCCAGCAGAGGGCGCCGGGCUCCUCCCUGAUGCUGCUGCACCCCCCCCACACGAACCUCUUCGCCAGCGCCCUUGGGAGGUGUAAACAGGGUGUAAGCACGCCCCCUGCCCCGCCCAGGAGGCGCGGCCCCCUGAGCUCCUCCCCCUCGUCAGAGAGCCGCCACUCCGGAUUGGACAGGCCGCUGAGGAAGGACCGCCCAUCGUCCGCAGAGAGGCGGGAUCUUGCAGGCAGCGUGGUGGCGACUCGCAUCUCCCGCUCUGGCGCCCCCGAUAGUCCAGAGGUGGUACUGCAGCAUCCCCCCGGCACCUCCUCUGCCAUCGACAGAACCAUCGAGCUGGUCGUCGCCGGCGCCCACAGCCCCUGCCGGCCCCCCAGGCAGGGGAGCCCCCCCCGACCGGGACCCGGGUUCAGCAGCCCGGUCCUGACCACCAAGCGCAGCCUGGAUCACGUCAACAAGAUCCUGAAAUCUAAAAAACUGCAGAGGCAAGCCAGGACUGGAGGCAACACUAUAGCAGUGAAGAGAAGACCGGGGCGCCCCCGAAAACAUCCCCCCGCGCCCCCUCCGGAGCCCCACCCCCUCUCUGGCCCACGGCCUGCACAGGGGGGGCGCGGGGGAGGCCUCCCCACGGGGGGGGCGCUGCAGAGCGAGGACACGGUCUCCGAUGUGAUAGAGGCCGUGGUUCAGGGUCAGCAUAGGAAAGGAGUGAAGAGGAAACAUGAGGAGGAGGAGGAGGAGGAGGAGGAGGGGAGGAAGAGGCAGGGCGGGCCGAGCGAGGAGCAGGGCUUCAGCAGCUGUCUUGAACCCCGGUCCGAGCGGCCCCUGCCCCUGGAGGAUUGUGGGAAGCCGCCUCAGACCACGCCCCUCACGCACUCCGCCAGCCAACGGGAGAAGAGAGCCGCCCGGCCGCCCAAGAAGAAGUAUCUGAAAGCUGGUCUUUACUCAGACGUGUUCAAGACUGCAGACCCCAAGAGUCGACUGAUCCAGUUAAAGAAGGACAAGCUGGAGUACACCCCCGGAGAGCAUGAAUAUGGACUCUUCCCAGCUCCCAUCCACGUGGGGAAGUACUUGAGACAGAAGAGGAUCGACUUCCAGCUUCCCUACGACAUCCUGUGGCAAUGGAAGCACAGCCAGCUGUACAAGAAGCCUGACGUUCCCCUCUACAAGAAGAUCCGCUCCAAUGUCUAUGUGGAUGUGAAGCCCCUCUCUGGGUACGAAGCCACGACCUGUAACUGCAAACAACCCACCGACCCUCGAGACUCAGGCUGUAUCGACGAUUGCCUAAACCGGAUGAUCUUUGCAGAGUGCUCUCCGAACACAUGCCCCUGCAGAGAGCGCUGCCACAACCAGCGCAUCCAGAGGCACGAGUGGGUGCAGUGCCUGGAGCGCUUCCGAGCCGAGGGCAAGGGCUGGGGCAUCCGCACCAAGGAGCCCCUGCGAGCAGGGCAGUUC